GCAAGAGAGCAAGCUUGCUUCCAACCUAGAGAGGUAGCUAGCUAGACAUAUAUGUAGAGAAAUAUAUCAUCAUAAGUUAUGGGUAUCUCAAGUGCUUUGGAUUGGUGGGAUGAUUGGAAGCUCCGCAUCCUUGUCCUUGGAAGCAACACGAUACAGUUGUUCCUCUUUAUAUAUGGAGGUGUCCGCUGGCAUCGUAUCUCGCUGUGGUUCAGGCUAUGCAUCUGGCUUGCAUACAUCGGCGGUGACUCCCUGGCGAUCUACGCCCUUGCCACCCUCUUCAACCGUCACAAGCAUGAGGCUCCUGCAGCGUCGGAGCUGGAGGUGCUGUGGGCGCCCAUCCUCCUGAUUCACCUCUCUGGCCAAGAUAUGAUAGCCUCCUACAGCAUCCAGGACAACUAUCUAUGGUGGCGCCAAGUCGUCACCUUGGUGUCCCAAGUCACGGUUGCUAUGUAUGUGUUCUGUUUGGCUUGGUCUGGUAAGAAGAUCCUUCUGAAAGCUGCGGUUCUUCUGUUCAUUGUUGGCAUCCUCAAGUUUUGUGCCAAGCCCUGGGCUCUCAAGAGGGCCAUUAUAAGAAGCAUAGCAAGGCACCCUCCUAGUGUGCCCCGAAGGAAGAAGCUGAUUGGAUCUGGUGGAGGACAGUUGGCAGACUACUGGAGGUCAUGCACUACUGGCUUUAUACCUACAGUCACAAUGUUUGUGGUCUCUCGAGAACUUCGUGAGCGGCCGCAACCCAAUGACGAAACGGAAGCCGUCAAACAAGGAGAAAGAAGGGAAGGUGGGCAAUUCCAUGAGAACUUAGAAAGGUCCACCGUAAAAACUGCCAUCGAACCAGUAGUAGAACAACAAAAAAAGGAGGAGGAGGAGGAGGAGGAGGAGGAAGAAGAAGAAGAAGAAGAAGAAGAAGACCUCAUCAACCUCAACGAGUAUGUGGAGAGGGCUAAGGAGAUCAUGAAUCGUCAGGGACAAUUGAGUAAACCAACUUUGCGUCGGCUGCAGUCCGUGCUUCAGCCAGAGUUAUUCAUGGCAGACGCCUUUGUCACCUAUUCCAAACGCCUCAAGAUCCUCCAAUUUCUGAUGGCAAUCAACACUAAUUACAGUUAUAGGGUGAUUCGUGCUGGGCUCUUUGAUGUAUAUAUCCGGCUAUAUACCAGGGUGAGGGUGACCAUUACGCCCAUUGCCUCUUGGCUCCGGUUGCUUUCCAUUUUACUAGCAACGACCGCAGCCGGCCUCUACGCAAGAAGCCACAAAGACAUGUACAACAAACAUGAUAUCACCGUGACAUACAUCCUCUUCUUCAGUACUGCGCUGCUGGAGCUGAUCUCCUCCGUCACCCUAUGCCGCUUGUUUUUUCCGCUUGCGGUGUGGCCGGCUACUGACAGGAGGAACCAAAUGGUGGACCAGCAGAGUGUGAUCUGGUGCGCUGCACGGAUGACGAAGAAGCCCAACUGUCUCCUCUGGCUCUCCGCUUGCAUCUAUUGCGAUGCCCUUGUCAACCAGCGGUGGUACAUCAAGCAAACACCUUCCAUGGAUCGGAUAUUUGAGGCAGUGAAGCAUCAUGUCAUUUUCUAUGGCUGGUCCAAGUACAUAAAGAGUGCUGCAAGCUACAGGAGGUUCAAUUGCAUGAGGGGCCAGUUGGCCUUGAAGAAGUUCCUCCCAGGCUCAGCCAAGGAUCAUCCUGCAGCUAGCAAGCACCUGCUGGUGGUUGGCAAUAGCCUCAGCAUUCCAUUCGAUGAGAGCGUACUCCUCUGGCACAUAGCAACGGAGAUCUGGUUCCACCACCAGACCCGGACCAGCAAUGAUGACAACACCUCAUUAGAUUCAGCUGUGCCUCUUGGUCUGGAGAUAUCCCGCUACAUGAUGUACCUCUUCACAUCGCAGCCAGAGAUGCUCAUGCCUGGGACCCGAUCGCACCUGUUUGCCAAUGCCUGUGAUGACAUCACAUUCAUGGCGAAGUAUAGCGACAUCGUCGGGCACAGCAUCACCUUAGCGCAGGCGGCACAGCAGCUCGCCAAAGGAAUCCUUCACACGGCGCGACACCGCUGGGUUUAUGGGGAUUGCGUGGGACCCCUCAUUCCCAAGGCAUGCGAGCUUGCUGACGCGCUCAUCUUCUUCAUGGAGGAGCUGCUCGACCAUUCUACAUUGGAGAAAAUGGUGCGAGAUGUGUGGAUUGAGAUGCUCUGCUACACCGCUAGCCGAUGCGGGGGGUACCUGCACGCUGUCAGCCUAGGCAGCGGUAUAGAGCCGCUCACACUAGUCUGGUUUUCUCAGUGCUACCUGGGCAUGGAGACAAUGGCAGACAGGCUUCAAAGGCCAGUACCUGAGCCUGAGAAAGAGGAAGAAAAGACACAAGGAGCACAAGAUUCAAACAAAGAAUGAGGAAGACACUUACCUUCCACUAUGGUAAUUUCACUACUUCCUUUAAUGGCCGACCGGUCAUCUCAGACUGUUUGUAUGUCCUGGUGUUUGGAAGUUUCUAUCUAAUUUGUUUUGAUAUUUUAUUUCAUUUUGAUGUUUUCCUUGCCUUCAUGAAACCGUCCCGUGUAAGUUUUGGUGUGCUACUUCUGCCAUGUUAUUU